GGAAACGGAACGGGUUACGGGAUAGUUGGCCGUUGCUACGUGGCUUGCAUUGACGUGGCGAUUUCAGUUUACAGGCAAGUGUUCUGGAGCAGUUGGACUAAUUGAAUCAUAAUUUACCAAAUUUGUAGUAGGUGUGGGUGUAAAAGUCUAAGAAGCAAAUAGUUAUUAGAUUUUGUUCCAGGUAAAAUGUUGACCUCCCUGUUUGUCCUGCUGGUUGUGACGGCCGCCUGUGCUGGGGUACCAGAGGACACCAAAAGGAUGAUGGACAAGCUCUCAGAUGCGGAGCACUUCAACAAUGACCACCACAACAAGCAGUUUGAUCAUGAGGCAUUCCUUGGAGAGGAUCAGGCCAAGACCUUUGAUCAGUUGCCCCCGGAAGAGAGCAAAAGGAGACUUGGCCUGAUCGUAGACAAAAUAGACGUGGACGGUGAUGGGUUCGUGACCCUCGUGGAGCUAAAAGACUGGAUCAGGUACACGCAGAAGCGGUACAUCGAGGAGGACGUGGAACGCCACUGGAGGCAGCACAACCCACAGGGCGCCGAGACCAUUUCUUGGGAGGCGUACCAGAAAAACGUAUACGGGUUCAUGGAAGAAAUGUCCCCGGCGGAGCUCUCGGCACCGAACAGCGAAGGCUUCACGUACUCCAACCUGCGUAAGCGGGACCGCAGGCGCUGGACCUACGCUGACGGGGAUUCGGACGACGCGCUGAACCGCACGGAGUUCGCGUCGUUCCUGCACCCCGAGGACCACCCCAACAUGCGGGACAUCGUCGUGCUGGAGACGCUCGAGGACAUCGACAAGGACAAGGACGGUAAAGUGUCAUUGGACGAGUACAUCGGCGACAUGUACCAGGCCGAGGAGGGCGAGGAGGAGGAGCCCGACUGGGUCAAACAGGAGAGGGAGCAGUUUGCAGGCUACAGAGACACAGAUAAAGACGGGUACAUGGACUUGGACGAGGUGAAGGAGUGGAUCGCGCCGCCCUCGUUCGACCACGCGGAGGCGGAGGCGCGCCAUCUGGUGUUCGAGGCGGACGCCGACGCCGACGAGCGCCUCAGCAAGCCCGAGGUGCUGGACAAGUACGACCUCUUCGUGGGCUCGCAGGCCACAGACUUCGGCGAGGCGCUCGCCCGACACGACGAGUUCUAGCUCCGUCUCACUCACACUCGCACACACAACCACAACACGACCCGACCGAGGGACAACCCAACCCACCCGUGCGUCUGUAAACGGUCUGCACUAUCUGAAUGUUGUUCUAAAUUAUAUUAACUGUGGCUCUAGUGACGAGGGGUGUCAGUUUCAUACGAUUUAUAUGGGACUUGUACAUCUUUUCGUUCGAGCCACAUCGUCGAUUUGCACGACUGUAAGUUACUCGUUAGAAGGUAAUGCGAUUUUUUUGUCAAACUAUACCUACCUUAAAAUCUGCAGGCGGAUCGUUAACUUGCAUAACAGUAAAAUUGGUACCCUUGUCGAAUUCACAAUUACUAAAAUCCUAGAAAAGGAUAAUUUAGCAUAACUUAUUUAUAGUGCCAAUCUCAAUUAGUAAAUUGUUUAAAUCCAGCGUUGCGUUAUAAAUUGUGAUCGUAGAUCUGUUGAAACUGUUGCAAACGGAAGAUUAAUCGUUAUGAUUAACUUUUCUCUCGCGGAUGAUAAAAAUGUAAAAUAAAAACAUACAAAAGUACAAGCAAUUUCACGUGCAGGGGUUUUUUGCAGCUACUACUUACUGCUUUAUUGGAUCUCUAAUGAAGUGGUUUCGGAGUAUGUUGUGGCUCGAGGAUGGCUGCAACGUAGGCAAAGAGUCACUGUGUGCCAUGACCUUUUAGACAAAGCUAAUUCAAAAGGCAGUUAAAAGGGCAUCUUAUUACUUACGCUUUAUACAUUAAAAUUCUAAUCCAUUCCGUUUUGGCAGUCUCAAUCUCAGUACUUAACAUGUAUUUUUAUAAUUAUGACUUUGCCAUAUUUUUCUACUCGGCUCUAAUAUAGCUGUAAGUUUAGAUUUAGUUCAAGACCAAAGUUCGUUACUAUUCUAAUAAAUUUCUAUCCAUAUGCUAAUGUAAUUCUGUUUUAUUUUAUGUAUUGUGAGUCUCAAUAUGAAAUAUUUCAUUUAUUUAUAGUAUAUGUAUGUAACUUCCUAUUUUGUGAUAAUGGUAAAAUAUGCAUUUAUCGUAUUUAUUUCAAGCUUUUUGCUAAUAUACUGU